GCCACCCGCCUGGGCCAAUGCUAGCGGUGCAGCCACCGGCGCGCUCGCGAGGCGCCCGGAGCACCAGUCCGCUGCUGGGUGUCGAUGAUCUGCAGGCCAGGCUAGCUCUUUCGGGGCCCAGGCUAGCUCUCUCAGAUGCCAGAGGGGCCCGUACGAGCCAGCCAAGGAAGCUGAGAGCCCAAGAGCCAAGCUGCUGCACUCACGGGCGCCCGGCUGGAUAAAGGACAGCUUCUGAGUGCUGGAGAACCGAGAGCUCGUGGAAAGCAAGAUGUCCCAGUAGGUUCUUGGUCCCCCGAGCCCACUGAGGUGAGAGAAAUCUCUGGGCUACUUGGUUCUAAACUGACUGAAAAGCAGCCAUGGAGAUGGCAUCUGAGCAACUGAAUGGGAGCCAGAUCUGGAUGCCUUCCCCAUUUGACAUCAAUGGGUCACUGCGGCCAAGCAAUGACUCCAACCAGACAGAGCCAUAUUACGACAUGACAAGCAAUGCGGUCCUCACGUUCAUCUACUUCGUGGUAUGCGUUGUCGGACUGUGCGGCAACACACUCGUCAUUUACGUCAUCCUCCGCUAUGCCAAGAUGAAAACCAUCACCAAUAUUUACAUCCUCAACUUGGCCAUUGCAGACGAACUCUUCAUGCUGGGGCUGCCCUUCUUGGCCAUGCAGGUGGCACUGGUCCACUGGCCUUUUGGCAAGGCCAUCUGCCGGGUGGUCAUGACUGUAGACGGCAUCAAUCAGUUCACCAGUAUCUUCUGCUUGACAGUCAUGAGUAUCGACCGUUACCUAGCUGUGGUCCACCCUAUCAAGUCAGCCAAGUGGAGGCGACCCCGGACCGCCAAGAUGAUCAAUGUGGCUGUGUGGGGCAUCUCUCUGCUGGUCAUUUUGCCCAUCAUGAUAUAUGCUGGCCUCCGGAGCAACCAGUGGGGGAAGAGCAGCUGUACCAUCAACUGGCCAGGUGAAUCUGGGGCAUGGUACACAGGGUUCAUUAUCUAUGCCUUCAUCCUGGGGUUCCUGGUACCCCUUACCAUCAUUUGUCUUUGCUACCUGUUUAUCAUCAUCAAGGUGAAGUCCUCUGGAAUCCGAGUGGGAUCAUCCAAGAGGAAAAAGUCAGAGAAAAAGGUCACCCGAAUGGUGUCCAUCGUGGUGGCUGUCUUCAUCUUCUGCUGGCUCCCUUUCUACAUCUUCAAUGUCUCGUCUGUGUCCGUGGCCAUCAGUCCCACCCCGGCCUUGAAAGGCAUGUUUGACUUUGUGGUGAUCCUCACCUACGCCAACAGCUGCGCCAACCCCAUCCUCUAUGCCUUCUUAUCUGACAACUUCAAGAAGAGCUUCCAGAACGUUCUCUGCUUGGUCAAGGCAGACAAUUCAAAGUCUGGAGAAGAGGACAUCCUUGCCUGGGUGUGAUGUUGAGGAAAGCAGCCGCCGGGAAGAAAUUGGAAAAAACAAACAAACAAACAAACAAACAAACAAAAACCUAAACUAAACCAAAACCCUGUGUAUGUGUGCUUAUACACUACGUAAUCUUGUGAUCUGAUAUUUACAUUUGUGUAUUCCUACCUAGUCUCUUCGGAGCCAGUACAUACACGUCUUGUGUUUGUAAACUGAAGUAGCUAGUUCAUGCGUGCUAGUGUAGGUGAACAUUUACCAAAACACUGAACCUGAAGAAAUGAACCUGCCAUGACAAGCCAACCAAGUCUAAACUUCCGGCAUCUCUCUCACAUGGGCCUUUUCCAGACCCAGGAGGAGCGUGAGCGGUAUGUUCAUAUGAUAAUAUGUUUUUGUAAAAAAAAAAAAAAAAGGAAAAAAUGGUGAAAGUAAGGUAUUUUUGUAUUCUCCUUCCUGGAGGGUUCCUCAGCUAUAUAAGCUUCUCGCCUCCCAGGCGCUGCCUCUGAGCCUGGACAGUUGUCUCGUCCAUUUCACACACGUUUGUCAGAGUAAGAAGAGAGAGGAAACAUCCUGUGAGAGUCUGAAUAUAAACACGAGUUUGCCUCUCAGAUACAAUCAGUUACUCAUUUACCCGAAAGGACUGGAAGGGUUGUGGUCAUUGAGCACUGUGUGUAUCAAGACAAAGCAUGCUUUGUUAUCAGAUUGGAUGUUUCUCUCCUCAAAUUGCUUUAGUUUUACUUAGGGAGACAUUGGGGAAGGGGUGGGAUCAGUGACCUGAAAGGCAAAAUACAGACUAUGAUGCUUGUGGGUAAACAAUUUGCUCCCCAACACACACACACACACACACACACACACACACACACACACACACAAAUAAAUAAUAAUGAGAAGAAGAAAAAUGAAGUAGAAUUAUACCUUUAAAGAGAAACCAUGAAAGUGUUUUGUUUUUGA